GACAAACAUAGUUUAACUGUGAUAAUAUUUAAAAAUAUCUAUUAUUAAAAUGUCUGUGAUUCCAAGAAAAUUGUUGCUGUUAAUACUUGUAUCUUUAGUUUGUGUUUUGUUUAUCCUGAUGUACGGAGCACAGCUUCAGAGAGGGGAUGAAAUUAUUCCGAAUACUGAAACCUCGACCCAAUCUCCACAGAAGCAGGAGACUUGUCCUAGCUUACGGAGCUACCCCGCGGAUAUAGAAACCAGUAAUGUUUUCCCAACCCUGGAUCUAACUCCGUCCUGGAUGUCGAGAAGAGAGUUCUGGGGAAACGAAUAUGAGGAUCGGUAUGUUCGGAGAAAAUCUAUGUGGGCUCACCUGCCCUUAAGGGUCAUAGUUAUGCCGCACUCCCAUAAUGAUCCUGGUUGGUUAAAGACAGUUGAAGGAUACUUUGCUCUCUCCACUAAAUCAAUCCUGACAAAUAUCGUCAACAAGCUGACUGAGCACAAGAACAUGACCUUUAUCUGGUCCGAGGCUAGCUACAUGUUUAUGUGGUGGGAAGGGGCUGAUACAGAGGCCAGGAACAAACUCCGUGUCCUUCUGGACUCUGGCAGGUUGGAGAUUACUACCGGAGGUUGGGUGAUGACAGACGAGGCUAAUGUUGAUUUCUUCUCCAUGGUUGAUCAGUUGGUUGAAGGUCAUGAGUUCAUGAGAAGAGAGCUAGGAGUAGUUCCUAGUUCCAGCUGGUCAGUAGAUAGCUUCGGACACGGUGGAGCUUUCCCUCACCUCCUUGCUAAAUCUGAGAUAAAUAACAUGGUGAUAAUGAGAAUACACUAUGCGUGGAAGGAAUGGUUGGCUCGUCAUCAGAACGGAGAUUUCUUGUGGAAACAAUCCUGGGAGAAGGACGGAAACUCGGCUCCUCUUUGUCACAACUUCCCCUAUGAUAUCUACAGUAUUAAACAUAGUUGCGGGCCCAAUCCCCAGACCUGCCUCGGGUUCGAUUUCCGGCAUCUUGACGGAGAGUACAACGAGUUCACAGCUCACUACUCACCCAUCAACCAGGGAAACCUGAAGGAGAGGGCUGAACUCUUGUUAGAACAGUACGGUAGAACAGGAAGCCUGCUUCCACAUAAUGUGGUUCUAGUUCCUCUUGGAGAUGAUUUUAGGUACAGUAACGAGCUUGAGUUUGAUCAGCAGUAUUCUAAUUAUAUCAAGAUUAUGGAACACAUUAACUCCGGUAAAUACAACGCACACAUAUCAUUUGGAACAUUAAAAGACUACUUUUCUGAGGUUCGGAGCAGGAUGAACGAGUUUCCAACUCUGACCGGAGACUUUCAUGUUUACUCAGAUAUUUUUUCUGAAGGUCGACCUGCCUAUUGGUCCGGGUAUUACUUUACUAGACCAUACACUAAGCUUUUGAGUAGACAGGUGUCAUCCAAACUAAGAGGAGUUGAAAUUCUCUACAGCAUUGCAAUGGGUAUGGCAAGACGGAGUGAUUUUGAUCUCCCUUUGAGCGCCCUUGUAUCCAUGUAUAAGAACCUUGUCUCGGCUCGAAGAUCUCUUGCCUUAUUUCAGCACCAUGACGCUAUCACCGGAACUAGUAAAGGUUUUGUUAUGGACGAUUACGAGCAGAAGUUGGAUAAUGCACUGGAAGUCGUGAACGGGAUGGAGGUUGUUCUAGUUCAUUAUCUAAUACAGGAGAGACAGCAGGAGAUAAUUCUGAACCGUCCUCUUCUUCAUACUAACCGGAGAAAUAAGGGAGAAAAUUGGCAAGAGGAAACCGUUCUACAUAUUUCUUCCGCUAAGGAGCAUAAGAUUGUUCUCUUCAACUCCUUAGCUCACCCAGUGUAUAGAGCCGGACAUCUACAAACUAACAAUGCAAAUCUUUGUGUCUAUAAUGAGGAGCAGGAUCUUGUAGACUCGCAGAUAUCUCCAGUUUUUAACAUCACGGGGAAACCAAGCUUAUCCUUCCAAUCCUUUAAUGUUUGGUUUGGUGUUGAGCUUGAGGCUCUGUCUAUAGCUGUGUAUACUGUGAAAGAAUGUACAGAGGCUAGGAAACCUACCAAGGUUUAUUGCAAAAAAUGCAGAAAUUCUGAAAAAUAUGGAUCAUUUCACCUGAAAUCUAUCCCAGACGGCGCUAUUCAACUAGAAAAUCAAAUCUACAAGCUUCUCUUCGAUCCAGAAUCUAGACUUCUGAAUAAUGUAACCAAUAAGGUGAACGGAGUAAGUAAACAGAUAAAUCUUGAUUUCUCAUCCUACACUUCACAAUUCUAUAGAAGUGGAGCUUACUUGUUUGCUGUUGAAAUGAUAAACGGGGUUCCAACAGAAACCAAGCUUUUUUCUCUCAACAAUAUAGUCGAGACAAUCAUAGUUUCCGGACCCAUUUUCUCAGAGCUUAAAGUUCUUUGGCAGGUUACCGGAGUUGGAGGCAUUGCAACCUUUCUACAUACUGUCCGGCUUUACCAUGAUACUGGUCCACUUAGUGAAGCUAUUCAUAUUGAAAACCAGUUUGAUUUCGGACCCUCGCCAAACUUUAGAGAUACGGAGUUCUUCAUGAGGUUUGAGACCGACGUAAAGAAUGGAGAAGAGAAUCUGAUAUUUACAGACCAGGCCGGGUUAGGGAUGGUUAGACGAGUUAACGCUGAGCAGGCGGGAUUAGAAGGUAACUACUUUCCUGUUACUGAGUCCGUGUAUAUUGAGGAUGAUGAGAGUAGACUAACUCUACUCAUUGAUCAUGCUAGCGGAGUUUCCUCCCGGGGAGAGGGUUUGCUCGAGAUAAUGGUGGAUAAACGAACCAUGAAUGAUGAUGCCCGUGGUAUGGGUGAAGGAGUACUGGACAGUAGGAGAACUCUUCAUAGAUACACUCUACUCAUGGAACCUAUUUCUCCGAAGAGUGAAAAGAACUCGGAAACUAUCCCGUUUUUAUCUCCUCUAGCUCUGCGGCUCAGCCGAUAUCUAGAACACCCCCUCACAUCUUUUAUUGGAAUAGAAAAGAACCAAAAGCUUGUGAAUAAACGUGGACUUAUAAACUCUGCUCUCCCAUGUGACUAUGAUCUGGUGAACUUAAGGACCUGGAGUCCUAAAGAUGCUUCCAACCCGUCUCACGCUCUCCUUAUACUAAGACGCUUAGCUCCAGACUGUUCCUGGAGCUCUUUAACUGUAUCAGAUUGUUUAGAUCCAACCUCUGUUCCUGACAUCAAGUUUUCCAAUGUUUCCGCUUUCUUCCAGCCGACCUCGUUGACCGGAAACCAUCGAGUUUCCCAACCUUACAUAUUCAAACUAUCUCCCAUGGAGAUAUCUUCUUAUAAUGUUACAUUUACAUAACAUUAUAUUUUCUUAGUAGACUUCACUUUUUCUUAUUAAUGAAGUGUUUAAAUUUUCCACUCAUCAGCUGUUUGUUCAUAUUGAACACUAACUCUUUUCAAUAACCCUUUUGCCUUACUACAUCUUUUUAUCCGCACUUUUUCCUUAUAGAAUUCAAAUAUUAAUAUUGAUAAGAAACUGUUAUUAGAUUAUUAUAUGUCACAAAUGCUCCUAUGCUCAAUGCUUAUCAAUUUAAACUUCAAUAUUUUGUAACAUUUUCCUUUAGUCUGAUCUAGAAAUAAUGAAAUAUUUGAUAUUAUAGAGGAGUGGAAUCUAGAAUACACAAUAAUAUAGAAAAUUUUAUAGAAAGAUUAAAUCUAACCCCAUUCAAAUAUUAUUGCUUUUUCCUACAUUCUUGGAAUUUGUCUUAUAUGUAAAUUGAACUAUUUACUUGAGUAUUUUCAUAUCAACAGUAUUCUUUAAUGAUCUAUUUUAAACCUGUAGAGCUCACUAAAUUUGAUAAAUAAAAUUGCACUAAUUA